AAUGACCGAUAGAUCGUGUCGUUUCUCUGAAUCAAAAAUAGUAUUUCACCCGUUUGAGUCUAAAGAAACCAUUAAAUCACUUGAUACAAUAUUGCAACUAUUAACCUGUUGUUUUGGGCCUUAUUCUCGAUUGAAUGCAUUUCAAAAUGUAAAUGGCGGUAAAGUUACUUUAACAUCUUCAUUAGCUAGAACUUUAAAGCUUAUAAGUAUUGCCAGACCGGAAAUUAGAGUUUUAACAUCAAUCUUAAAUGGUUAUUGCAAUACAUACAAAGAAGGAGGACACUUUGCUGGAAUUCUUAGCAUCCAAUUGAUUAAAUCAUGUUUGCAAUUGAGAAAAGAAAUUCAUCCAAAAUUGAUAUGCGACGUUCUAGAACUUCUUAACGUAGAGUGUUCAUCAUACUUAAAAUCUGAAAUAUGUAAAACAAAACGAAAGUUGGACUUAACUUCAAUAUCGCACUUUAAAAAUGUUAUUAACAGUAUUUUACUAACAAAACCUUUAGUAAAAUCCUAUGCUGAUCGUCUCUCUACAAUAUUAUUAGAAGCUUUCAUUAAAACGUUAGAUGAUUCUCAAAAUUUGAUAUUUGCCACUGAAAGAGGGCUGUUAAAGGAUUCCAGAUUGUUAAAUGGUUUAUACAUUAGAUAUCAUGGAUGUAAUAAAUUCGAAGGGAGUUUAGAUGGAAAAAUUGUUAUUUUCAACGAAUCAAUGAGUGGAGACGACUUUUCACAAAAUUUUCAAACAUUAAAGUUAAUUAAAACAUCUGAUAAGGAUACUAAUUUCCCCAUGCUUAACAAGAUGCUUUUGUUUGUAGCUCACUUAAAAGAGAUGGAUAUCAAAGCCCUAUUUUGUCAGAAAGUUAUUCAUCCUUUUGUUAAGAGAAGACUUAUAGAAAAAGGCAUUUUCUUUGUUGAGAGAAUCGGUAUAGAAAUGACGAACUCGUUAAGUAAAUUAACUGGUGCAAAACUGAUAAGUUCGUUCGAAACUUCCUAUCUUGAAGAAGAAGAUUUUGGAAUUGGUAGUAUAUCUUUCGAAGAAAUAAAUCAUAAAUUUUAUUUAACAAUAAAAUGUACGAAAAGUAGUAUUCAUACUUUUCUAUUGAUAACCAACGACGAUGACGAAGAAGAUGAAAUCUUAACUCUUCUAAAAAAUGGAGACUUUUGUUUGAGAACCUUGCUGCAAGUUCCUUUCGUUUUAUGUGGAGGCGGUUGCUGGUUAGGCGAUCUACAUAAUUUUUUAAAUGAGAAGGCUAGAAGCAAUUUUAAAGAAUGGUCUUUGAAGCUUAAUUGCAAAGCGCAGCAUCUACAAAUUAUUGCCAAUAUAUUGUCUGAUAAUUUGAAGAGAAUGAUAUAUAUUCUUCAUAAGACUCAAAAGAAUUAUAUAGAUGUAAGAAUUAACGAUGGUCACGUAUUCUUAGACGAGAACAAGAGUUGUUGUUGCUCGAAUUCAACAAACACUUCAGGUAUCGUUCUUGAUUGCUUGCAUAUAGUUGAAAAUAGUCUAAAGUGUGCUAUAAACAUGUGCAAUUUACUCAUUUCAACAAAUUUUUUCAUUGAGGGACAAGUUUGA